UCCAUCGCAUCGGUUGGCAAGUGAAACUCGUAGCUCGUAGCUCGGUAGCUGAGACAGCAGCGCGUGCGCGUCUAACCAUAGCUUCCAAAAUCGAUCGUAAAUUAUAAAAAAAAAACUAAAAAAAGAGGAUAACACUAAAGCCAAAUGGACUGCAUUGAAUAAUCCUGAACAAAAACAGAAAAAAGCGAGUGUCUGCCACAUAAUAUAAUAUUGUAAUCGCAGUUAUAACGAAAAGUGUCGAAAGUGAAGCUUUCUGUAGGGGGUUAUAAAGCAAACGUAAUCGUUACGCUUAGGUGCAAGCAACUGUUAACUGUUGCAUUGCCAAUUUGUCGAGUGAGUUUGGCGAGUUUUCUUCAUCUUUCUCUGUGUGAGUGUAUGAGAGGAGCUCUUUUUCUCUUCGACACUCUCUCUCUCUCCCUCUCUGUGUUCAUUUCUGUGCGUGUCUCUUUGAGAUGUGGCCAAGUUGUCGCGCGUUUGGGUUUGGCCCGUGGCCAACGGCGCUGCUGUUGUACUGCCUUGGGGCACUGCUCGUCUGCGGCAGCGCCGACGCCUUCACCAUACUCUCGCCCUUCAGCUACAGUUCGCUGAGCUUUAAGAAUCUGCUUAACAGUGUUCUGUUGUCGAGCAACGCCAAUUUGGCUGGCGGCGGUCGCAAUCUCAAGUCCGAUGUGCUUGAAGAUGCAUCACUGAUAACGCCGAAACUAAUACGCAAAUACGGAUAUCCAUCGGAGACACACACAGUGGUGACCAAGGAUGGUUAUAUACUCGAAAUGCAUCGCAUACCAAAGAAGGGAGCUCAACCCGUGCUGCUCAUGCACGGCAUACUGGACACCUCGGCAACCUGGGUGCUAAUGGGUCCCAAGUCAGGUUUGGGCUAUAUGCUGUCCGAUCUGGGCUAUGAUGUGUGGAUGGGCAACUCGCGUGGCAAUCGCUAUUCAAAGAAUCACACAAGUCUGAAUAGUGACUAUCAGGAGUUCUGGGACUUUACAUUCCACGAGAUGGGCAAAUAUGAUCUGCCCGCCAAUAUUGACUAUAUACUGAGUAAAACGGGCUACGAACAGCUCCAUUACAUUGGUCACUCGCAGGGCACGGCCAUAUUUUGGGUGUUGUGCUCAGAGCAGCCGGCGUAUUCACAGAAAAUCACCUCAAUGCACGCUUUGGCGCCCAUUGCCUACAUACACGAUAUGAAGAGUCCACUAUUUCGCACUCUUGUCCUCUUCCUCGACUUUUUGACGGCGGCCACGCGAAUGCUGCGCAUCACGGAAUUCAUGCCCAACACCAAAUUCCUGGUGGACCACAGUCAGGUUGUGUGCCACGACAAUGCCAUGACGCAGGAUGUCUGUUCGAAUAUCCUGUUUUUAGUCGCCGGCUACAAUUCCGAACAGCUGAACAAGACGAUGCUGCCUGUGAUGCUGAGCCACACACCGUCGGGCGCCUCUAUCAAGCAGCUGGAACAUUUUGGUCAACUAAUGAAAUCGGGACAUUUUCGUAAAUUCGAUCGUGGCUACCUACGCAAUCAACUCGAAUACAAUCGCAUGACACCGCCAGACUAUGAUCUGUCACGUGUCAAGGUGCCGGUUGCUUUGUAUUACUCGGUGAAUGACCUGCUUGUGUCGACGACGGGCGUGGAUCGACUGGCCAGAGAAUUGCCCAAUGUGAUUGACAAGUAUCUGGUGCCGAUGGAACGUUUCAAUCAUUUGGACUUUCUGUGGGCCAUCGAUGUGAAGCCAUUGGUCUACAAUCGUCUGGUGCGCAACAUACGCCGCGUGGAGAAUCAUCGAGCCAAAUUGACGGCGAACUUGGCCAGUUAUUUGGCCAUGCAACUGCAGCGGCAGCAUCUGCAGAAUCAAAUACAAUUGCAGGCAACACUACAGCCAACCUUGCCACCCAAUGUGCACUUGCCGCAUCGCUUGGACCAGGAGCUAACGCUAACAACAACAGCAGCAGCAGUUGCAACAGCUACAACAGCGACAACGCCAACAACGUCAGCAACACCAACAGCAAUAACAGCAACGACAGAGACAACGGCAACGGGCACGGCAACAACCACGGAGAAUGUUGAGGAUGCCACAACAAGCACAUCCGCAACGGAAGCGUGACUUGUCCUCUGAGCAGCUGUGGCCAAGGUUCUCGAGAUUCUCUCUUGUGUAAUUUCAUUUGACUGUGAUGACAUUUUAACAAUUUACGCUCUGAUCCCAGCGUUUGAGAUGGCGUUGCAAUCGCAAUUGCAAUUGCAACAACAUCAACUCAGGCACGCCCAGCAUCCCAAUAUCACAAUAUUAUUAUUAUUAUUAUGUAUGUUAUUGACUAGGCGCCCACAUGAAGUCCCAAACAUCCGAUACAAAAAGAAUUCUUCAGCCGAAAUCGAAAACUUCCAUUUACCAUUUGUCCAUUUACCAUUUAUCCAUUUACCAUUUAUCACAUAUUGCUAAGUUCUUUUCUAUGCUGCCCCAGUUUGAAAAUGUUUUAUUUAUGUUUUGUGUACAAAUUUAUGAGUAACUGUA